CGCGGCGCUGGCCGGGGCGGCGGCGGAGGAGGAGAGAGGCGGCGGUGGCGGCGACGAAAGAGGAGGGAGGACGGGGGCGGCGUCGGACUGGAGCCGAUCGGCGGUGCGAGCUGCCCGGGGCGCAGUCGUGAGCUCGCCCGCCGGGCCCCCACCCCUGAGCUACACCCUGCCGUGCCCAGCUUUGCCCGCGUCCGUGCGCCCGCGGGGAGCGCGCCGGGGCUGCCCCCCGAAUGACGGGCGGAAGGUUCGACUUCGACGAUGGCGGCACCUACUGCGGCGGCUGGGAGGAGGGCAAGGCGCACGGGCAUGGCAUCUGCACGGGGCCCAAGGGCCAGGGCGAGUACUCUGGCUCCUGGUCGCACGGCUUCGAGGUGGUCGGAGGCUACACCUGGCCCAGCGGCAACACCUACCAGGGCUACUGGGCGCAGGGCAAGCGGCACGGGCUGGGGGUGGAGACGAAGGGCAAGUGGAUGUACCGGGGGGAGUGGUCACAUGGUUUCAAGGGGCGCUACGGGGUCCGGCAGAGCCUGUGCACCCCCGCCCGCUACGAGGGUACCUGGAGUAACGGGCUACAGGACGGGUACGGCGUGGAGACCUACGGGGACGGAGGUACCUACCAGGGCCAGUGGGCUGGAGGCAUGCGGCAUGGCUAUGGUGUGCGCCAGAGCGUGCCCUACGGCAUGGCCACGGUGAUCCGCUCCCCACUGCGUACCUCUCUGGCCUCCCUGCGCAGCGAGCAGAGCAAUGGCAGUGUGCUGCAUGACGCUGCCAGCGCCGCUGCAGCAGCUGCAGAAAACCCGGCUGGCACCAGAGGCGGCUUCGUGCUCAACUUCCACGCGGACACAGAGCUGGGCAAGAAGAAGGGUGGCCUCUUCCGACGGGGCUCCCUGCUCGGCAGCAUGAAGCUCCGCAAGUCCGAAUCCAAGUCUUCCAUCUCCAGCAAGCGCAGCUCAGUCCGCAGCGAUGCGGCCAUGAGCAGAAUCAGUUCCAGCGAUGCCAACUCGACCAUCAGCUUUGGUGACGUCGACUGUGAUUUUUGCCCUGUGGAAGAUCAUGUGGAUGCCACCACCACAGAAACCUACAUGGGUGAAUGGAAGAACGAUAAGCGUAAUGGCUUCGGCAUCAGCGAACGCUCAAACGGCAUGAAGUAUGAAGGCGAGUGGGCCAAUAACAAGAGGCAUGGUUAUGGCUGCACCGUGUUUCCCGACGGCUCCAAGGAAGAGGGAAAAUACAAAAAUAAUGUUCUGGUCCGUGGAAUACGGAAGCAGCUUAUACCAAUAAGAAAUACAAAAACUAGGGAGAAGGUGGAUAGAGCGAUAGAAGGUGCACAAAGGGCUGCCGCCAUGGCUAGAACCAAAGUGGAGAUAGCAAACUCAAGGACUGCACAUGCCAGAGCGAAAGCUGAUGCUGCUGACCAGGCUGCGCUGGCUGCCCGCCAGGAGUGCGACAUUGCGAGGGCUGUGGCCAGAGAGCUGUCGCCAGAUUUCUACCAACCAGGCCCUGAUUAUAUCAAACAACGAUUUCAGGAGGGGGCAGAUGUUAAAGAAAACCCAGAAGAAAAGGUACCAGAAAAACCUCCAUCACCAAAGGAAUCUCCUCAUUUUUAUCGCAAAGGCACGACACCCCCCAGGUCUCCUGAGGCAAGUCCCAAACAGAGUCACUCUCCCCAGCCUUGCUCCCCAAAGCCCACGAAGAAACAAAACCCCAGCUCAGGGGCAAGACUCGGUCAAGAUAAAAGGAGCAUAGCUGAAGAGCAGGUGACAGCCAUUGUCAAUAAGCCCUUGAUGUCAAAGGCACCUUCAAAGGAACUCGGAGCAACUGUGCCCAAGUACUCUGGCCGUCACCAUGUCCCCAACCCCAGCAAUGGGGAGCUACACUCUCAGUACCAUGGCUACUAUGUGAAACUGAACACGCCCCAGCAUCCUCCAGAAGACGGAGAAGAUGACAGCGGAGCCAGCCAGUCUUCCUCAGCAUUGGUACACAGGCCUUCACCUAACAAGUGGAGUCCCUCUAAGUCUGUGACAAAACCAGUUGCCAAAGAAAGCAAAACUGAGCCAAAAGCAAAGAAGUCUGAACUUGCUAUACCAAAGAAUCCAGCAAGCGGUGAUUCCUGCCCUUCUUUGGAAAAAGAAGCCAAUUCAGGCCCGAAUUCCGUCAUGAUUGUCCUGGUCAUGCUGUUGAAUAUUGGGUUGGCCAUUCUAUUUGUUCACUUUCUCACUUGAUUGGAGUCAGGAAAGUGAAGUCAUGACAACUAGUGGAUUUAGCCCACAAUUCUGCCAUGGUGUCCUCAGCCCUCUAAACGGCACACCCCAGUCAGACUCAGACACAGGCGAGGAGGCUUGGAAUUGGGAUGGGAACACGAGAGAGAUGAAACUUGGAAAAUUCAGCCAGAGGAUCUUUGAGGUCCCUCCCCCCAGGAAUGCCCUGUGUCUUUGGGGUUCUCUGAGAGCUGAAGCACACAGCCAUGUUGGAGAGCAAAGCUUAAUAAUGAUUCUUUUUUAAAAUCUGCUGAAGCAGCCCCAUCCGGCGAAGUUCUUGGCGUUGGCCGCUCCAUCUGUCCUAGCAGAGUGUGACUAAACUGGAAAUGUAUGGACCUGCAAUUUUUUUUUUUUUUUUGAUGGAAGUCAACAGCUGCCUUACUAUUUUACCAUCUGACGUUUUUAGUAGGGAGCUGGGGAGAGAAGACUGCCAGAGGAAUGUGGUCCGAGGAUUGCGUUGCGGUGGGCGUGGCUCCAACAUUCACUCCUAUCUCAUUAGAAGAAGCAGGUGGCAGCAUCACUCAGCAGUCUUCUGCCGUGGCCUGCUGCUUUACCAUCUCCUGGAAUUUUCUGGGAGGGGACGUUUCGUUUGCUUGUGCACGACUCUGCUCAU